CUUUUAAUUGAUGCAGAUCCCAGUACAGUUGAUGCAGUGAACAACGCCAAGGAGUCGCCACUGCAUCUGUCGGCUCAACACGGUCAUGGCAAAGUGGUCGCUGCAUUACUCGCUAAGCAUGCCGAUGCACGGCUGAGGAAUGCUCGAUCUGAAACCGCACUUGAUGUAGCGGCACGUCUUGGCAAGGCAAACGUUUGUCGCUUGAUCAUAUGCAAUUGUCCAGAAUUAGCACUGCAGAUAUUCUGA